UCCAGACGCCGCCACCAGUGCCUCCUUCAACUCCAACAUGGCAAAAAUCUCCAGCCCCACAGAGACCGAACGGUGCAUCGAGUCCCUGAUUGCUGUUUUCCAGAAGUAUGCUGGAAAGGAUGGCCACAACAUCACACUCUCCAAGACAGAAUUCCUGAACUUCAUGAACACAGAACUGGCUGCCUUCACAAAGAACCAGAAGGACCCUGGUGUCCUGGACCGCAUGAUGAAGAGACUGGACACCAACUCUGAUGGGCAGCUAGAUUUCCAAGAAUUUCUUAAUCUUAUUGGUGGGUUGGCUGUAGCGUGCCAUGACUCCUUCCUCAAGAGUUCCUUUUCUCAGAAGCGUAUUUGAGGAUCCCUUGGACCCACCCCUUGCCCUUCCAACUUCCCAGCCAUCAUCACCUCCUGAGAGCUUGGCACACCAACCACCCCAUGCAGGCCACUCCUACCAGUAGUAAUAAAAUAAUAUCAUUUUUUAAAACAUACACUAGAGAGCCAGUAAAUUUGUUCAAGGGAGGACAGAGAGUGGAAGGAAUGUAAACUAGAUUAACAGAAGUUGCUAGCAAAUACUAUAUACAAAGCUGUAAAAAUGCAUCUUGGAUACAGACAUAAUCAGGAGUAAUGAGACAACAGAAUUAUCUGUGAAUUAUUCAGACCAGUGGAGAGGCAUCACUUAUUGUUAGGAUUCACUCAUAUAUUACCUAUCUGGGUACUGUCACAGGCCCUGAGAAUACAGUCAGAGAGACAGACGAGGUCCUGCCUUCGCUGAGCUUCCUUUCUAGUGAGGAAAGAAGACAGUGAAUGCACCAUGGGACAGUGUGAUGCAUCCUAGGAAGGAAAGGUGAUGGGGUGGCAUGUACAGAUGAAUGGAGGUGGCAAGGGACAGUUCUGAGGAAUGACAUUCAUGCUGAGAUCUGAUGGACCAGAAGGGACACACAUUUGGAAAGAUGCAGGAGGGCACAUCAGGAGAAGGCACGGGGAGGGCAAAAGUCUUCAGGAGAGGAGGAGCUGGGGUAUUUGAAGACGAGAAAGAAGGCUAGUGUGGUUACGUGGCUUGUCCAGAGACAUGGAAUGCAGCUUUGCCCACCCCCACCUCAUGCCUCACAUUCAGUCAAAUCCCUAAGUCUAUUGAUUAUCAUACUUGAUUUACAAAUAAAGACAGUGGGGACCAGCA